AUGUUACCGAAAACAGUGCUAUCAUUCAUCGUACUCACCACAAGUGGUGCGGCUGCAUCAUCAGCAUGCAAAGGAAAGCAUGUUCGGAUCCAGCCUCCGGCCAAUGCACUGGUAGUCGACGCUUCAGGUCAAUCAGCCAACAGUUUUACCACUGUCAAUGCUGCUGUUGCAGCCCUAGCCAACACGACAGCAGAGCAAUACCUCUUCUUGAUGCCCGGAACAUACUCUGAGCAGGUGUAUGUUCCCAAGCUAGCAGGGUCACUUACCAUACAAGGGUACACUUGUGAUAGCCGUUCUUAUGCCGAGAACCAAGCGACCAUCACCGGUAACCUUUCUCGCACGACACCGGGCCUGACUAGCAACGAUCAAACUGCCACGCUUCGUCUUUGGACCUCGAACGUCAAGCUGUACAAUUUGAAUAUUGCCAAUACGUUCGGUCAAGCAAGCACCAAUGGACAAGCACUUGCUCUGAGUGCCCAAAAUACGAAUCAAGGAUUCUACGGCUGCCGCUUCGAAGGAUAUCAGGAUACCAUCUAUGCGAACGAAGGACGACAAGUGUAUGCAGAAUCGUUCAUCAAUGGUGCCGUCGACUUCAUCUUCGGACUCCGUGCCAGAGCUUGGUUCGAGCAGUGCGAUAUUGAAACAAUCGGACCUGGAUUCAUCACGGCCAAUGGUAGAGACGCGGAGAACAACACUUCAUUCUACGUCUUCAACCAAUGCCACGUCAAUGGAACCAGCGGAGUCGCAUCUACCGUUCUCGGAAGACCAUGGCGCCAAUUUUCCCGAGUCGUAUUCCAGAGGUCGUACUUAGGAGACGUUGUCAAGUCUGUCGGGUGGGAGCGUUGGGAUGCUGUACAAAGCCUGGCCAACCUCUACUACGGAGAGUACAAGAACAAAGGGCCGGGAGCUGUUGGUCCGAGGGCUAAUUUCAGCACGGAGCUGACAGCACCAAUAAAACUUGAAACAUUACUGGGAAAGCAGUACAAGAAGGAAUGGUGGGUCGAUUCUACUUAUCUCUAA